UGCUAAACUCCGACGAGGCCAUGAAAUAGCACCCACCCACGCACAAGUGGUGCAAUGCAGGGAUGCCUCAGCGCCAUCUCGACAGACGUGAGUGCCCCUUCAUCUCGAGAAGGCUCGUCGUCCUCCCUGCCUCCCCUCGCGUCGCCCGUUCCUCCCCUCUCACUUGCGCGAUUCCAUGAGGACAACAAGCUGCCGCCGCCGUGGCCGUCAGUAGACCCACCGGCUGAAUAUCUGUCGCAGCUGUCGAGGGCUCUCAAAAGCCUGAGAGAGGGACAGCGAAAGGAGAUCACCAAGCGCAGGCAGUCAUCCCAGCUCGUGCCGACACUCCCGCCGUGCCAUCCAGACCCCUCUCGGGGCACCGUCCCGACCCUUCCACCACCGUCUGCCAUUCUGCCCCUGCCGCCCCAUCGGAGCACCAACUGCGCCAAGCCCACAAAGCGGCGAGAAGACAACGGCGGCAGCAGAGAGGCGAUGGGGCGUCAUGCAAAGGUGCCACGUCUUGAUGCGCCCCAGAAGCAGCGUGCUGGCCCUUCCACUGGUCGUCCCGAGUCCCCAUCGGUUUUCUACGACCAGUCGGUUCGUGCGUGGAUCGUGCCUGCAGCGGAGAAGGGCGGUGGCGAGCGCGCGUUCAGUGUGGAUGUGUACGGGUCGGACGCGCGGCGACUGGCGUGUAUGGAGUUGCGAGAACAGCAGGACAAGAAGCGCGCGGAAGAGAGUGCUGUGGUGAGCCGUGACGAUGACGCUGCGCCGUCUGGCGAGGCGCAGGAUGGGGUUGAAGGGGAGGGGAAGGAGAGUGCAGUGCCGACGAUGCACACCAGCCGGAAGCAUCGCUUGCCGCCUCAAUUCAUUAGUGGUAUGGCACAAGAUGACCAAUUGGCUGGAUGGACCUCCCACGGCUGUCUGUCUGUCUGCUUUGCCGUGUGACGUGACGCUACAGGUGUGCCUGGCGUGCUGUGGCAUUCGAGACAAAGAUACUGGUAGGCGUGACGCACAUGGCCACAUACGACACGUAUGCCCUGGUGGUGACCUCGCUUGAUGCGUGCUCUUCAGGUUCGCGCAGUGGCGUGAGGGCGGGAAACAGAAGGCCAAAUUCUUCCCCACGUGGCGUUAUGGCUUCGAAGGGGCCAAACAAGGUAAGCAGCAGCGAGACAACCGCUUCUCUGCUCACUGAUGUGUGUGUGACAUCCAUCAGAGGCCGUCAAGUUUCGGCGAGCGAUCGACCGGGCGAAGCUGCAGAAGCGCCUCAAGAUUGCUGAGGGUGAGGAAGGCACGUCCACAAUGGACCAGUCGCUGACGGAGAUCGCCAACUCGAUCGUGGCGUCCACCCCACCAGCAUCGCCUGUGCACGAUGGAAAGAGGGAUGGGGGCGACAGUCGUGAGGAGACGGAGGCGGCACUGAUGCUGGUGGAGCUGGUGAGGGACAUGAGGAGGGAGAAGGCAGUAUCGGGGGAGGGCAACAGUGGCUGAGGGAUGAGAGUCAGCGUUUGGGUUGGUUGGUUGGGUGUACAUAUAUCCAUCAUGAUAUGAUGUAUAUAUACGUGUGCACAUGUCCACACGUGAGUGCAUGUGAUAUGUGCGUACAGUACAGUACUGUCGUGUGUUACACAUGAGGAGGAAAUGUCUUGGUAUCUCUGAUAUCUAUGUCUCUGUCUUGCGCCCUGGUUGCUGUCUGUCUGUCUGUCUGUCUGCACAAGAGGGAGGGAUGUACACACCUGUGUCAGUCGAUCAAUGUAUACACGUGUACAGUCCCAUUUUCUGUGGUUUCUUUGCUGUCGCCCUAUUUGACCGACCGGUGUGCACGUACACUCAUUGCUCUCGGCGUGCUCAUCUAUUUCCUACACACAGAGGUGAGAGGAGGAAUAUUUUGAUCGACAGAUAUUAUACUACCGGUGCAAGGAAUUUUAGGCUUCCCUUUUGUGAGCUGGUUUCAUUCAUUCAUCAUCACGUGACAGCCCUUUUUGCCUCUGGCUGUGCGUCAGUGGACGGACGGACGGACAGGAUGGGUGCGUGCG